GUGCCCUUGUACAGGCCACGGCUAGACAAGCAGAAAGAGACUUCACACUGAGUACAACCUCCACCAUGAAUCACUUACUGGAUAACAUGGCUGAUUUUGUGACUGUGAGAUCCUAUCAGAAGCUGCCUAGGUUGGCUACCAGAGCCUUCAGCACAACAACCAAACAGAUGAAGAACAAGGUGCCAGAUCAUCAGAAGCUAUUCCAGGCGGACAACGACUUGCCAGUCCACAUCAAGGGAGGGACCACUGAUGUCCUUCUCUACCGUCUAACAAUGACCAUCACCCUCGCAGGCACUGGAUACUCCUUAUUCUGGAUUCUAUGUGCCUGUCAGCCUAAGGGCAAAUGAGGAAGCCCUGCUAAUGCAUGUGUUUAUUGUUUAAAUCAAUUCCACUUUAUGACCUUCUUCUAAUGUUAUGGCACACUUUAUGUACAGAAUAAAUCUCUCCAUUAUG